AUGCAUUGGCUGGGGGAGUUGCGAGCGCUAUGGCGAAGCCGAGUCGAUGAGCUCAUCGAGAAGAUCACGGACAACUUCACGACGUUCUUCAAGAAGAUGGGUUGGCGUGGCGAGGUGGAGCUUAUCAAGCCGGAGGAUACCAACCGCCUGGAUGUCGAAAAGUAUGGAAUUGGCAUCAACGUCUCCUUCCGCGAACACGAACGAAUGCGCCGCUUGGACGAUAAGACACAAUCCGGUGGAGAGCGUUCGGUGUCGACGAUCCUCUACUUGUUUGCCCUCCAAGAGCUUUGCCCGGUGCCUUUUCGAUGCGUCGACGAGAUCAAUCAAGGAAUGGACCCGAAAAACGAGCGCGCCGUCUUCAAUAUGAUGGUUGAUUUGUUGUGCAACACGGGCACGUUGAAGAACACACAAUAUUUCCUGCUCACCCCUAAACUGCUUCGUGGACUCGAUUUCGGUGAUAAAGUCACGCCACAUAUCGUCCACAAUAGUCCAAUGCUGCCUGAAGAUGUUCUUAAAUGGGACCACCACGACUUCAUCGGAAGACUG